UGCGGUAAAACUAUUUAAAUUUACAUUAAUAAUUUAAUUAAAUGUCUUUUCUACUUGGUAAUCACUGAUUUGUAUUUAUAUGUUAUGCAACUAUUUGUAUGGACGCCGUACGCUGCCAUAUUAGAUGGUUUGCCACCCUUCUGUAGCGCAGGUCAGGGGGUUUGGAGGUCGCGGUGUCCAUUGAUACACUUGGAAAUCGUAGAGGAUCACAUGCCCGAGCGUGUCUUACGACAGUUUGGGCAUACACAGAGUAUACCCCCUGAUGUCCGUCAUGAGCUCCGACACUACCAGCGGGACAAUCGGGCUGUCGUUGAUGAUGAUUUUUUGGCUUUCAUGGAUGUCCAGCUCCACCGUUGGGAGAACAGGUUGGGCACUUUAGCGGUGGUCGGCCAUUUGACUCCCAUUGAGCAUUACAUGCGCUGGUAUCAUCAGAUCACACGCCGAUUAAUCGGCAACCCAGCUUUGCGACCCCCUAGGGAUGUAGGAUACUCAGCACUCGCGGGGCAUAUGAGGCAUUAGUAAGUUUAUCGUAUUUAGAUUUAUUUAAUUGCAUUAAUUGUUACGUUUUAAAAAUAAACUUUUUUGUUUCUGUUAAACACAAAUGCAGCUGGUGGCCGUACAACGUUUACGUAUCUUGGGGUUAGAGCAUAUGCCUUACCUUGGGCUUGCGGGGCUUGCCGCGGAGAUGGUUAGGAUAUCCGAGGAUGGUAUCUGGCAAGCAGGCGAGAUUAGGCGCAUGGCGGAGCCUGUUCCGGAGGCUGAGUAUCAGGCAGCACCGGGUGCUCCCAGAGGAGGAGGCCGUGCUGGCAGAGGACGCCGUGCUGCCGGAGGACGCCGUGCGCGUAGAGGACCUGGUGGUGGAGGACACCAUCUGGUAGAUGAGGCGGAUGAGGCCGAUCCCAUUCCAGAGGGCGUUCACGGUCUAGUCCAUCCGCAGCCGUUCCAGGCCGGUGGCAGCUCACCUGGGGACUCACCUACGUUUACGCCGGCGCUCUUACUUGCUGAGAUACCAGGGUCUUCAUCACAGUCGAGCCAGAAUACAUACAUGGAGGAGCGUGAUAACGUUGAUUGGGCGGCGUUACACGCUUCAUUAGCUGAUGAGCGGCCUGUGAGGAAUUUAGAGGGAGCCCGGAUACUUGACUUCGAUGAGUUUUUGAUCCCGGAUUCGGCGCCAGCGGGUCCACCAGAGCCACCCACUCAGGCAUUUUCUCAUGGGCCUGCCGAGCCAGCGAUGUCUUCCCAUGUGACUGUCGAGCCACAUGAUUCAGCGCCAGCGGGUCCACCAGAGCCACCCACUCAGGUAUUUUCUCAUGGGCCUGCCGAGCCAGCGAUGUCUUCCCAUGUGACUGUCGAGCCACGUGAUUCGGUGCCAGUGGGUCCACAGGAGCUGCCCAUUCCGUAGCAUUCUCAUCAGCCUGCCGAGGCAGAGGUGUCUUCUCAUGAAACUACCGAG